UGCACCGAGAGGUCGCCGGUGAGUCGGGUUGCGGGAGUUAUAGGUGUUGUGUGUUUUCACCUAGGCUUUCUCUGCAGGUGUUGACUUCCUUUUCCGUUCCGAGCUGGAGGUCCCGGCUACGUAACUAGCCUCUGCAGGGAAGAAUUACUACACUUAUGGCUGGUGUUUUGUGUUCAGUAUUUCAGAGGCCUCCAGGCAGACUGCUGACUGUGAAGAAAGGUGUGGAAUCUCUCAUUGGUACAGAUUGGAUUCGGCACAAGUUUACCAGAUCAAGGGUUCCAGAUAAAGUGUUUCAGCCUAAACCUGAAGAUCAUGAAAAAUAUGGUGGGGACCCCCAGCACCCUCAUAAACUACACAUUGUUACAAGAAUAAAAAGUACAAAAAGACGUCCGUACUGGGAAAAGGAUACAAUCAAGAUGCUUGGACUGCAGAAGGCACACACCCCUCAAAUUCACAAGAACAUCCCUUCAGUGAACGCAAAGUUGAAAGUAGUUAAACACUUGAUACGUAUCCAGCCCCUGAAGCUGCCACAAGGACUUCCCACAGAAGAGACCAUGUCUAGCACGUGCCUCAAGAGCACUGGGGAAUUGGUGGUACAGUGGCAUCUGAAGCCUGUGGAGCAGGAAGCAAAGUCUUGAUGUCACAUGGCUGCAGAUUACAAACUGCAGUUAGGAGGAAAUGUUUCUCAUUAAAGUGUAUUUCAGUCUAGCCGUUUCCAUGACAGAAGCUGUCGUGAUUCUUCCUCAACAUACAGACUUUAGGAGUUCUGAUGUUACUUGGUUAAAUUCUCUCUGUUUGUCCCCUAAAAAUUUUACUCCAUGGUGGGCAAGAAUGGCAUUGUUUGAACAUCUAACUUUAGGCCCCUAACACUUUAACUAUCGUUAUCUUUUUGUAGAAACUGCUUUCUUCCUUGAUUGCUUUCUCGUUGAAUCUACAGAUGUUGGUGUCAGUCCUGUGUCGCUGUAACAAAGUCCCCAAGCUGGGUAGCCUGUCAAGCAAGGGGGUUUACUUUGGUCCUAAGCCCUGAAAAGUCCAAGCCAGGGCAGCAUAUCUCAUGAGGACCUUCUGCAGGGUUCUAGUAUGGUAGGUGACAUCACACAGUUGUUGUUUUUUUUUUUAAUUCUAUUAUUCAUUUUCAUAUAAAUUAACAUUCUAAAACAUUGAAAUAGAAACACUAAAGUGCAGUAUUGCACA